AUGAAAGAUUAAAAAAUGGAAACCAACGUAUUUCAUGUCAUACUCUGCGUCACUUCUGCUUGGACUCGUAAAUCCACAUCUCUCUGCUUUGGUCACUUCAACUCGUAUCCAAUCCUUUCUUUAAUUCAUUAUUUAUUGCUGGAAGUAUCCCUUCAGCUCUCAGCACCUGAUGAAGAUGUGCCAUUAUCUCUGGAGGAACUAGGAAGAGCUUCCCUUCUGCAGAUAUUGCCAGAGGUGCUGGGUGUGGAAAGAGGGGAUGUUCUCAGGAAAGCAGACUCAAGAACCAACAUUUUUAACCCAAGAGGAAAUUUGGGAAAGGCUUCCUCUGGACAAGAUCUUAACAUUUUACUGAGUCAUCUUUUGGCCAGAACCAGGAAACCAUACAAGAAACGUGAGACUCCUGAUUGCUUCUGGAAAUACUGUGUCUGAAGUGAAAUCAGCAUCUAUUAGUCAGCUCAGAAACACCCACCUUAGAACAUGAAAGAUAAAACAAUGCUUGAUUUGAAAACAGUGUGGAGAAAAACCAGGCAAACUAUCCCGUUCAUUUUCACCUGGAAAAUAAAUCCUCUAUGUUUUGCA